AUGGCGGCUAACCUCACUAAUUUGGAUCGUCUCGACAGCGCGUUGAGCUUUAUUGAAGACCGGGUGCAUAGAUCGAGGCAGCGCUAUCGAAGGCAUGCGACGGAGGAUGAUUACAACAUUGAAGUCCUUCUGGGGGUAGAUGACUCAGUUGUUCAAUUCCAUGGGAAAGAACAUGUUCAGAAGUACCUGCUGACCCUGAUGAAUAUUGUUAACGAAAUUUAUCAUGAUGAGUCCCUGGGUGCUCACAUUAACGUUGUCUUGGUGAGGAUAAUCCUGCUGAGCUACGGCAAGUCUAUGAGUCUGAUAGAGAUUGGGAACCCUUCGCAAAGUCUGGAAAAUGUGUGUCGCUGGGCCUACUUGCAACAGAAACCUGACACUGGGCAUGCAGAAUAUCACGACCAUGCUAUCUUUCUCACAAGACAGGAUUUUGGUCCAUCUGGCAUGCAAGGCUACGCUCCAGUCACUGGCAUGUGUCAUCCUGUUCGAAGCUGCACUCUCAACCAUGAAGAUGGUUUUUCAUCUGCAUUUGUGGUGGCUCAUGAAACUGGACAUGUUUUAGGCAUGGAGCACGACGGCCAAGGGAACAGAUGUGGGGACGAAGUCCGUCUGGGGAGCAUCAUGGCCCCCCUCGUGCAAGCCGCGUUUCAUCGUUUCCACUGGUCCCGUUGCAGCCAGCAAGAGCUGAACCGAUAUCUCCAUUCCUAUGAUUGUCUGCGUGAUGAUCCCUUCGAACAUGACUGGCCUUCCCUUCCACAGCUGCCAGGAAUUCACUACUCCAUGAAUGAGCAGUGCCGUUUUGAUUUUGGUUUGGGCUACAUGAUGUGCACAGCUUUCCGCACAUUUGAUCCCUGCAAGCAGCUGUGGUGUAGCCACCCCGAGAACCCCUACUUCUGCAAAACAAAGAAAGGGCCUCCGCUGGACGGGACCAUGUGUGCACCAGGAAAGGUGAGAGCGGGUGCUGCGUGUACCCGCACACUCACGUGUGUUCAUGUGUGUUUGUGUGCAGUUGGGGAUGUUCCCCCUUAA